UCUACAUCACCCAAAUCUCGAAAUGAAGGAAAAGAAGAAGGCCGAAUCCGGCGCGGCGAUCAACUUUAUCUCGCGCAACGCAGCACUCAAGAAGCUCCAGCUCAAGCUCGCAGACUUCCGUCGCUUGUGCAUUCUGAAGGGCGUCUACCCGCGCGAGCCCCGCAACAAGAAGAAGGCGUCGGGCACUGGAUCCACCGCCAACAAGACGUACUACCUCGCAAAGGACAUUGCCUUCCUUGCUCACGAGCCCAUCCUGAACAAGUUCCGCGAGUUCAAGGUCUUUGUGCGCAAGCUGCGCAAGGCCAUCGGCCGCAAGGAGUUUGAUGUUGCAGACCGCGUCAAGGCCGCCAAGCCCGUCUACACGCUCGAUCACAUUGUCCGCGAGCGCUACCCCAGCUUUGUCGAUGCUCUGCGCGAUCUCGACGAUGCGCUGUGCAUGGUCUUCCUGUUUGCUCGCAUGCCGCGCACAAACCGCAUCCGCUCUGAGGUUGUCGACCGCUGCAACCGCCUCGCGCACGAAUUUGAGAGCUACAUUGUCCGCUCUCGCUCUCUGCGCAAGGUCUUCUUGUCCAUCAAGGGCAUUUACUAUCAGGCCGAGGUCAUGGGUGCUCCCCUGACCUGGCUUGUUCCCCACCAGUUCAGCCAAAAGAUCCCUGCCGACGUCGAUUUCCGCAUCAUGCUCACCUUCCUCGAGUUCCACAUGACGUUGCUCGGCUUUGUGAACUUCCGCUUGUACCACUCUAUUAACGUGAGCUACCCGCCAAGGCUCGACGAGACCAAGGAUGCCGGAGCGUCUGGCAUUAGCGCUCUCAUUCUCGAGCCGCUGACUGCUGACGCGUCGGCAGCCGCAACGUCGUCCGCCAUGGAGGUGGCAACACCUGCAGCGUCCAAGGCGACGGCGCCCGAUGCCGCCGAACAGGAGGCCCAACGCAAAAAGUCUGCCAAGCGCAUUGCCUCGCUCGGCAAGGCAUUGUCCAACAUUCACGAGGAUGCCGACGUCGACGCCAACGAGAACGACGCCACUCGCAUGCAAAUUGACGAGUCCUUUGCCGCCGCCGAUGCUGGCGAAGAUGCUCAACUCAUUGGCCAGCAGGUCAAGGAGCAAAAGUUGCUCGAGGCUUCCAAGCGUCUCUUCGAGCCCUGCCGCUUUUACGUUUCGCGCGAAGUGCCUCGCGGUGUUGUCGAACUCAUCAUUCGCAGCUUUGGCGGCCAAGUGUCCUGGGACAGCAGCAUUGCCGGUGGUGCUCCUUAUGACGAGUCUGACUCUGGCAUUACUCAUCAAAUCGUCGAUCGUCCGCAGCGUGGGCCAGCAAUACCCGGCCGCCGCUACGUUCAACCGCAGUGGAUUUUCGACUGCGUCAACGCACACCGCUUGCUUGACGCGACCUUGUACAGCCCCGGCCGCGCGUUGCCACCGCACUUGUCGCCGUUCGUCUCCGAAAGCGAAGGCGACUACGUGCCUCCAGAGAAGCGCAAUCUCAUGACCGAGGAGGAUGAGGAGCACGAGGAAAUCGAAGACGACAGUGCCGACGAGGACAUUGACGAGGACGAGGACGAAGAGGACGAGGAGGAGGCAGAGGACGACGAAGAUGAGUCGCCCGCCCCCGCCAAAAAGGCCGCCAAGGGAGCUGCAGCACCAAAGCGUGUUUCUGCCAAGCGUGGUCACCACGAAGUCGAAGAGGACGAAGACGACGAAGAGGCCGAGUACCAGCGCGAGUUGGAGGCCGAGAGCAAGGGUGUUGCCUUCUCGUCAGCCGCCGCCAAGCCAAAGAGCAAGGGCAAGAAGAGCCAGGCUGCCGCCGACGAGGCCAAGGAGCAGGAAGAGCUUGCCAAGAUUCUCAUGCCCAAGAAGCAUCGCCGAUUGUACAACCGCAUCAUGUACUCCAAGAACAAGAAGCAAGAAGAGGUCGACAAGCUGCACGCCAAGCGACUCGAGUAUAACGCGCAACAGGAUCAGAAGGCCCAAAAUCAAGCGGCCAAGAAAGCCGCCAAGCACGCCCAAAAGAAGUCACGGCAAAGCGAGUAGUAGUCGGGCUGUGCUAUAGUAGUGAUUGCAAUUCCUAUUGUUUUGGUGCGUUCCCUUUCAACUUGUAUUCGUCAACAACAAUCCACUGAACGAUUUCAACCUUAACA